AUGGAAGAGGAUUGGAGCGCAUGUCUACAGACCCUUGAGGGUCAUAAGGACAGGGUCAACUCGGUUGUCUUUUCCCAUGAUUCCCAUCUCCUCGCCUCCGCUUCAGCUGAUCGCACUAUCAAGCUGUGGGAUACCAGUAACGGCCGAUGCCUACAGACAUUCCAGGGCCAUAGCGAAAUGGUCAACACGGCUACCUUCUCUCAUGAUUCUCGGCUCGUUGCCUCGGCUUCAUGGGAUCGCACCGUUAAGGUAUGGGAUGUCAGCAGUGGGCAAUGCCUACAGACCUUCCAGGGCCAUAACGACAUAGUCGAGUCAGCCGCCUUCUCCCACGAUUCCAAACUCCUCGCCUCAGCUUCAAGCGAUCGCACUAUCAAGAUAUGGGAUACCAACAGCAGCCAAUGCCUACAGACCCUCGACGGUCAUAGCGACACGGUCAGCUCUACCUUUUUCUCCAAUGAUUCCAAGCUCCUCGUCUCGGCUUCUCUAGAUCGCACUGUCAAGGUGUGGGAUAGGAGCAGCGGUAAAUGCCUACAGACUCUCGACGGUCAUAGCAACUUAGUCCACUGGGCCAUCUUCUCUCAUAAUUCCACGCUCCUCGCCUCAGCCUCAUACGAUCGCACCGUCAAGGUAUGGGAUGCCGAUAGCGGGCAGUGUCUACAGACCUUAGACCGCCAUAACGACAUGGUCAGCUCGACAGCUUUCUCCCAUGACUCUCAGCUCCUCGCGUCGUCCUCGUGGGAUCGCACGAUUAAGGUGUGGGAUGCGGCCAGCGGCCAGUGCAUACAGACUCUCGAGGGCCAUAGGGAAGGAGUCAAAUCGGUCGUCUUCUCCCAUGAAUCCAAGCUUCUCGCCUCAGCUUCCUGGGAUCGCACUAUCAAGGUGUGGGACGUCUGUAGCAGCGGGUGCCGAGGGACUCUCGACUGUCAUAGUGAUCUUAUCAACUCAAUCGUCUUCUCCCACGAUUCCAAGCUCCUUGCCUCGUCUUCAUGGGAUCGCACUACAAAGAUAUGGGAUGUCAGCAACGGGGUUUGUCUACAGACCCUCGAGGGCCAUAGCGACAUGGUCAGCUCGGCUAUCUUCUCACAUGAUUCCAAGCACCUCGUCUCGGCCUCAGACGAUCGCACUAUCAAGGUGUGGGAUACCAGCAGCGGUCAGUGCCUACAGACCCUAGAGGGCCAUAGGGAAGGAGUCAAAUCAGUCGCCUUCUCUCGCAAUUCCAAAAUCCUCGCCUCCUCUUCAUGGGAUAGCACCAUCAAGCUAUGGGAUACUGGCAGCGGCUAUUGCUUACAGACCUUUAAGGGCCAUAACUAUAUAGCCAGUUCGGCUCUCUACUCACAUGAUUCCAAGCUGUUCGCCUUAGCCUCAGACGAUCACACCAUCAACGUGUGGGAUAUUAGCAGCGGUCAAUGCAUACAGACCUUCCAGGGCCAUAGCGACGUCGUCAACUCAGCAAUUUUCUCUCAUAAUUCCAAGCUCCUCGCCUCAGCUUCAAGAGACCGCACCGUGAAGGUGUGGGAUGCCAACAGCGGGUUGUGCCUACAAACCCUCAAAGGUCACAGUGACCUAGUCCGCUCGACCGUUUUCUCACGUGAAUCCAAGUUCCUCGCGUCAUCUUCCCAGGAUCGCACCAUCAAGGUCUGGGAUGUUGUCAACGGCCAGUGCCUACAGACUCUUAACGUUGGAAUAACCAGCUCUGUGAGAUUAUUCGACAUUACGAACUCAUACCUUGAAACUAGUAAUGGCACCCUUCUUUUAUCUUUACUUGGAGAUAUGGGACCGACUAACAGCAUGGAUCCGGGAGCCGCGCGAUAUGAGGGUUGGGGUAUAAGUUCCGAUGGUACAUGGAUCACUUGGAAUUCUGAGAAUCAGCUCUGGUUACCACCUGAGUACCGGCCACGUGGCUGGUUUACUUCCGCGGUCUCACCAUCGGUCGCUGUUCAUCGUCUAUCCAAUUCCCUAAGCAUUCGUAUGGUAUUCGGGUUAGGUCGGAAGAAUGGCGCCGUAAUACACCGCAACUGGAUGAUACAGACUCCAAAGAGUGUUUAG